GCUGCCUAUGGUAUCAGAAAAGAUUAAUCAACGGCAUUAUCUCGGUGUUUUAUUUGGCGGAAAAAGUCGUUCAAGCCAAACGAGCGCAGAAAGAAUCGGUUCGACUAUCAGAUAUAUAUGAUUUAGUCGUUGACGCCCUCACACUGCUCGGCAACUCGUUUUACGAUUUCUCGGUGAAACGAAGGGAACUUUUAAAAUCGGAAGUUGCCACAGCUUACAGGUGAGGCCGCCACGAGUCCCAACCGUCACCACAAUGUUAUUUAGGCGCCCCGAAGCAUUCGUAAUAUUUCCGAAGUAAAACGAAUGGCAGCAAAGAGUAUUGGUAACAAGCGGAAGAGCAAUCAGUCACCCACUCAAGGUGGGUUUUCCGAUCCGGUGAUAAGCGAGGACCUUACAAUACUCUCUCGGUAUAUUAAAUAUUUAUAUGAACCGUAUUUAAACUGCAAGCGCUUUGAUUACCGAAAACCGCCGUUUCGUCAGUCAGCGAGCCAGUCACCCAGGAAGUCCGGAUCGUCAGUCACCAAGCAAUCGCAGUGGCGAAAAUUGCAUAACUCUUGUCUAAUUUUAUAUAUUCGUUCGUGUUCGUUGUAUUGCAGGGACGCCGGAAUUUGGGGGUGGCAGGCUGGCAGCUGCCGCUCUAUAGCACGCUUUUUACUAGGGGCAAGGGAGUAAAGGAUGCCCUUUCAAUUUGGAUUGCAUUGCAAUUGCUUAAUAAAUUGCAAAUCUGCUUUAAAAACGCUACAAAUGCAGCCAACAAGUUUCCCAAAUAGAAUUGGGAGCAUAAGCUUAGCAUCUGCUGAUGUUUUGCAAACAAUGAACUAUGGUCUAUGCGUCAUUACGGAAAUCGCUCCGGCGUCUCUGUCUCUGUCGUGUUAUUUAUCACUGUUGUGAACUAUAAAGACUUCUAAACAAGGAAGAGGCCAAUGAAAUGUUUGUUCAAAAAAGAGACCUUUUAAGACUAAUUGGUUGGCACGAAAUUUAAGUGCAUACGAAAAAUGCAACGGUGUUAACAUAAGAAUAAUUCAGCUAGGUAUAGAUAACGGCAUAACGCAUGGGUGCUCUUCACUGACCAGACACCAAAGGCCAGACACUAAAGGUCAUGGUGCUAUUGAAGAGUAAACGGAGUUAACAAAGUACAGUGUACUUUGUAUACGUUUUUUAUUCUAAACACCUCCUUCGGGGCUUCAAAAAUAAUUAUUUACGGAAAUUGGCAUGACACGAGAACGAGGAUCAGUGUCAAAACCUGACUGAGCCUCGUUUUCGUGUUACGGCUUAUUCAGUAAUUUGAGCUUAUGAAAUCAUAUUUCCUCACAUUUCUCAAAAUAAAAAACUUUUUCAUGCAUGUGUCGAAGAACUAAGAAGGAUGUUUUCACCUUUGCACAUGUCUCGUGAAAUUAAACGUAUAAUCCAUAGAUAAUAGAAUUUUAUAACACUACAAAUUCGCAAUCAAAUUCGGUUUAUUUGGAUUCUCAUCUCUGGAUUUUCAUAAUUGACAUUUGCACCAAAGGUUAUGGAUACAUUAUUGAAACAAGGAUAUAGUUGCUUUGAGGCGGGAAAAUUUUCUUCAUCUGAAUGCUUCUUCAGUGAGGUGGUGAAGAAAUGUCAAAGCCAUGAACCAAGGAAUUACCUUGGGAGCAAAGAAGCUUUUCUUGGACUAGUUGAUGUGUACAUAGAGUAUGGUUUAUCAAAUUCUUUACCAUGUGAUGAACGUCAGGAUAUGCUGCUCAAGGCAGUGGUCAUGUGUCACUAUGUAAUGAAUCUGGUAAAGAAAUGUGAGAAUCAAGAAGAUUCUCAGGAAGGAAUUGGUGGGCACCCCAUUGACUCAUCUUCUUCAAGUGAAAUUUCAAGUCGUCUGCGUCGUAUUGAAGUUGAACUUUUGAGGACUAUGAAUGUCAGCUCUGAAUACACAACCACCGAAAAUUCGGUUAAACAUAAAAUGGCACUCCUGGAGUUGAGAAAAAGCGUGAUUGCAAGAAUCUCAAAAGUAGAAACGAUGGUUGAUUUCAGUCAAUCCGUGGAUGCAAACGAAGACAGAUUUUCUUUCGAGAUGAUGAGAAUUAACAACACCAUCUUUGGCGCCAUGAAAGAUAUCGUUCAAAGAAUGGUUACGGAGUGUCACCUGCUUCUUGGAGAUCCUCCUUGUGACUACGUCGCUGUGAGCCUUGGUUCUUUCGCGUUCGGCACAAUGACUCCAUAUUCCGACUUGGAAUGGGCUGUAUUGCUAGAUGUCGAAGACGAAUCCCUAAAGGGCUACUUUCGCAACUUAUCGCGUUUGCUUCAUUUCAAAUUGGCCAGUUUAGGGGAAACCAUCGUACCGUCAGUUAUGGUGGGGAGCUUGAACAAUGAGCAAGAUUCCUGGUUCUAUGAUGAUGUAACACCUCGGGGAUUUGCAGCAGAUGGCGCCAUGUCAAACGCCUGUAAAACUCCUCUUGGAAGAAAAGAUAGUUCAGGGAAUAUUGUAUUUGAGCUUAUACACAGCCCGGAAUUGAUGGCGCAGUUCCAAAAUCGAGAUUGGUUAAACAAAUCAUUUGAGCUUUCGGCGUCCCUGCGCACUUUUCGAACUGUGUACAAAUCAAAUUCGCAAAAAGGAGAUGAAAUCAUAGGAAGGUACAGGCAAGAAUUGAAGAAUCAACUUGAUACUUUCGUUGAAGAAAAUUCAAUUUUACCUCACGAGAAGGACAUAUUACCAUCCAACUUUCCAGAUCCUUGUUGUUUGCCCAAAGAACUUGUUCAGAAAGUGACAAAUGGGACUGAAAUUUUGGGGGACCAGGAAUCUUGUGGCCAUAACACUACAAAGUUGCCUAAACCAAACGCGGAGGGGAGUAAUAUCGCCCUUGAAUACAACGCUCAAAAUGACGUUGUUCCCCAAGGAUGUCCCAAUGAUUCGAAAGAUGAUGCAAAAGCAAACGAACUUGCCACAAUGCGACAUCACCACAUGAAGAAAAUUUUGGAAAAAGACCUGCCUCGGUAUCAUUUUCAUGAUGUCAUCUGUACAUCUGAUACGGAAGGGAUGAUUUACAACGUCAAAAAAGAUUUAUACAGACAGCCAGAGCGCCUCUUGUCCAUUUUAUUUCUAAAGUUUGGAAUCGAGGGCGCUGACGUUUAUGAAGGGAUAGAAGAAUUACAUGUAAAAGGUUUUGUUGAUGCGAAACUGAAAAGAGAUCUGAUGAAAUCAAUUUCCAUUGCAUGUGAGUUACGACUUAGAUCGUAUCUUGACCAUGACAGACAACUAGAAGAACUUGACAUUCCUUCGUUCAUUGCUUGUUGUAGCGAAACUGCGUCCGAAGCUCCUGAAUCUCUGACGAAAAAUGCGCGUCUUGACCGUUUGAUUGCAUUUUAUCGUGUCGUCCUACCAUUUUUGGGAGAAGUGUUGGAAAUGCCAUGCGACAGAAAACCCAUUACCUGGGCCUAUUCUGAUCUGAGUCAUUCGCCUAGUUAUUACAACGCUUUAAUACAUCUGCGCCUGCUACGCUACGAAGAUGCAAAAUAUUUUUCCAUGAAAGCAGUCCGGGAAAACCCAGCUAAUCCAACAAGCUGGAGAGUUUUGGCAAGGUUACUCGAAAAGCAGGGAAAAUACGCUGAAGCCUUUCUUUGCCGUUGGAAAUCUUUUAACAUGUAUUUUUAUGGAAACGAAAAUAUCAUGAGUUUGAGUCAGGAAAAAGACGAUGUCCACGAGGGAGCGAUCCAGUUGGAAUCAGAUAUCCAACAGACUUUAGAGAACACUUCGAAGCCUGAUAUGCACUUUUUAUCAAGAUGUCUCCACACGAUGGGAUUAUGUUCUUUCUUUAGUUCCCAAUAUCAGCGAGCUUGGCACUUCUUCAGAGUAGCGUAUAAACUACUACUGGCAUUCCCGUACCUCAGAUGCGGAGAUGCCAUGGGGUCUGUGUUCAGCAAUAUUGCUCUUUGUCUCAGCACAGCAGGACGAUACGAUGAAGCGAUUACUAUUUGUAGUGUUAUCUUGAAAGUUGAAGGCUUUCUUAGCGCCAUGCAGGUCCCAAAGGCGAGAGAUAACCUUGGUAAUGUUUAUCUGCGCAAUGGAAACUAUCUACAGGCUUUAAGUGAGUAUCGCCAAUCUUUGAAGCUCAGAAAAAACUAUUAUCGAUCUUCUAAUAAUCCUUUCCUGGUGAUUUCGUUAGUGAACAUUGCCAACGUUCUUUCGAAAAUAGGACAGGUAAUGGAAUCCAUCGAACAUUACAAGGAGGCUUUGAAAGUCAUCCAGCGAAUUUAUGCGAAUCCGCACGCCAGUUACUCCGAGUUAUGUCUAUCUGGUAUUGGAAGAAAUCUCGUGUCUUUGGGGAAGUACAGUGAGGCUCUGGAGUACUGCGAGAGGAGCGUGCAGGCAGCUAAAAAGAGACAGCAUCGAGACAGGAAGACAUACACGAUGGUUCUUAUAGGUCUUGGGAAUUGUUACCUAUACUUGAAAAGAUUCGACGAUGCAGUCAUCACAUACGAGGAAUGCGCGAACAUAUUUCAAGAACUUAACAUGGAUAAUGUAACGGGAGAAGAUGAAAUGACGGUUCUCCCUCAUGAGAUCGGCAUAGUUUACUGCAAUUUAUCAGUCGCAUUGAAGCAACAAGGAAAAAUCCACGCCGCUUCACGAUGGUUGCAAAGAUCCGAAGAAAAGAUCGCAUCAUGCGUGAACGGAGAAUCGCACCCCGACAUGGGCGUUAUUUUUCAUGCUAAAGCACAACUUUUGCGGUCACAAGGCAAGGCAGAAGAAGCCAAAAAGAUGAUGGAAAAGGCGCUUGAAAUAUUCACGAAGGCUUUCGGCAGCGAUUGUCCCAAUUUCUUGACUUUCAGAGCAAUGAUUGAUCUGGGCAAUCUUCUUGUUUCUCAGCGUCAAUUUGUAGCAGCUAUAGAACGAUACUGCGAAGCUCUUCGUCUGUUGUACAGCGACGCUGUGCAAAAAGAUGCCCAUAUAGAGUCCAAGAUCUCUGCUCAUAAGAAUAUGGGUUAUUCGUAUUAUCAACUAAAGAAGAUACCCGAUGCUAUCGCCUGUUACAAGAAAGCUCUGAGCAUUUGGGAAUCAGCAGAAAAAUAUGAAAAAUCCUUAAAUGACAUUGACAAAUCCUUGAUCCUUAGUCUACACAUUGAAGCCGGUAAUGCUUAUAUCCGUGGUGGAAAUUGCAUUCAAGCCAUCAAAUUAUACCAGGUUGCAGUCAACACACCGAUUUCUGUCAGUUAUGGGGUUUGUGACCUGAAACAGGUUGCUUGGACAUUGGCCGCUAUGCAGCAGAAGGCAGGUUUACUUCUUGAAGCAAUUCAAAGCUUUGAAAAAGCAGUUUUUCUUCAUGCAGAAUCGGGAAGAGAGAAAGAUAAUUUCGUUGUGAAGUGCUAUCAGAAUCAAGCGGCGUUAUAUGGGACCCUUGGGGACCAGGAAAACGCUGGUCGUUUUGCGGAGAAAGCUCUUGAGGUACAGCUGACCAUAACGAACUCUCAACCACUUGAAAGCACCGCGAAACUUCUGGCACAGGUUGCUGAAGCAUGGUCGUACAGUGAUACGCAAAAAGCGUUGGAGUUCUGUCGCAGAUCCAUUAAAAUGAUCGAGAAACUAGGAGCUUCGCCGGCACUGAGAUAUAAUGUUCUUUCCGAUCUGGGAUUCUAUUGCCAUUUGCACGGCUUGAAAGAAAAAAACCUGACCGAACAGCAGUUCCUUUUCGAAAAAGCAGAGGUAAGCUACAACAAGGCAUUGGGCUACCAAAAAACGGAACCAAUUCUGUUUAACAUCAGCUUUUUGUUCAUGUCAAUGCUUCGUUUUGUUGAAGCGAUUACGCACCUGAAUGAUAUUCUUGGAAGAUGUGGUAGAUGUAGCAAAGUGGGUUUGGAUAACCGUGAUGCCAAAGUUAUAAAUCAGGAACUUCGAGAAGCGUUGUUUUCUAGUGAGAUCAAAACUGAAGUGGUUGUAAGGUCCGUGAUCUUGGCUCACUGCUUGAAGUUCCAGUGUUACAAAGCACUAGGACCAGGUGAUUACAUGAACGCAAGAUCUGAAGCUUCUAAGGUCAUUGAAUAUCUGACUGGAGAUGAAAAUCCUGAAGAAUCAGACCAAACACUGCUUAAUUUCGCUUUGGAAGAAAUGGAAAAAUUCGACAGUUAAAAACUCAGUUAGAAAUAUUUUGAAAAGAACCAAGAACAAUCAAGAGUUGUGAAUGUAUGGGCUAGUGGUUUCCAUUCAAGUCAUAGGCAACUUUGGUAUGCAUAUGUAAUGUAUAUAAUGUUAGGGUGAUAAAAAACUUAAGGCUGGAUUUCUGCUUGCAGAGAAGUUUGCUAGCGAAACAUCCCUAUAUUUUCCUUUGAAUUUCGACAGAAUAAAUAAAUGAGUGCAGUUUGACUGUGGAAAUCCACCCUAAGUAUUCAUAAAUUUGCUGCAGAAAACUGUAUAGUAAUCUGCAUAAUCACUACUUUGUUGAGGAAGAUUUCUUGUCGAAGUAGUGAUAGUUUUAAGAAUACAGUGAAAGAGAAGGGUAGUUUGAGUCUUUGAUCCUGUCGACAAACAUUACCGACAAACAUUACCGACUAUCUUGCUGUUGCGGUUACGCAUAGCCUUCACACCUUUCCAGCUCGGAUAACACAAGCGUAACCGUAAAAUGCUCUCCAUAGUGGAAACGCAUGAAAAGGCAACACAAGUGAAUUGUAGAAUCUAAGCCAAUAUAUCGACUCUUAUGUAAGCCCGUUCUCCACUAGGCGAAUUUGUUCGCGUGAACAGAAAA